AUGCGCGCUAGGAAGCGCCGCGCCAUCCUCUCAUGCGCUCGCUGCCGUGACCACAAGCUCAAGUGUGACCGCGGGCAUCCGUGCGCAGCAUGCGUCGCGUACGGCGAGGCCCAGCUCUGUGUCUAUGGCGCGCCUGCUGUACGGCCACUGCCUCUCCCUCCCGUGGUAGCUGGGGGCAAGAAGCGCGCGCUUGCCGCGUGUCUCCGCUGUCGUCGACUCAAGCAGAGCUGCAACGCUGAGCGACCAUGUCGGCGCUGUAUCCGAGCGGCCGAGACGUGCGAGGAUGACGACUACGACGAGCCGCGAUACACGCCCGAGCCCCCACCGCUCAUGUCUUCUUCAUCCCACUCGAGCUUACCCUCUCAUCCUCCGCAUCCACCUGUUCAACUUCCCCGCAGCGCACAUGCGUCGCGCGCCGCCUCGCCUCUGCCCGUUGGACGUCUCCGAGUCGCUGACGGGAUAACAAUCGCCGGCCCGCCGCUGCGCACCUUUGUCCCUGCGUUGCAUGACGACCUCAGCAACAUCCUCGCAGUCUUUCCCACACCCGAUGAGUGCCGCGCUUUGCUUGCCAAGUUUCUCAACUUCGACAUCAUGUUCAGACUGGUCCACGCUCCGAGUUUCACCCGGCGCGCCGAAGCUGCGAUCGCGCGUCUUCCUCACGCCGAGGACACCGAUGCCCCAUUCCUUUCCCUUCUUACCGCUUGCUUCUGCACAGCCAUCACUGUCUCGACCAGCUCGGAUCGCGUAGCCGGGGAGCGGCAUAUGAUAGCCCUUCACGAAGGCUUGAUCUCCUUCUGCGAGAAUCAGGGAGCCUACACAAUCGACUACGUUCAGGCCCUCCUUGUCAACGCCUGUGCCCGGCUCGGCGGCGGCGCAGCCUCGCCGGCAACACUCUUCCUGGAACUCGGGCGCGCAUAUCAAGCUGCCUUACUGGUGGGAAUGUACCAGGAUCAGCCGGGCGAGACGCUGUUCCAGCGCGAGAUGCGGCGCAGGCUGUGGUACCAAAUUCUCAUCCAGCGCCACCUCAUGGCCGACCGCCUGCACAUCGACAGCCAGCUCGACGUCAACAUUGUGACCCGGCCCCUCAUCAUUUCAGAUGAGGUUAUGGAUCACCUCUCCCCAGAGGUUCGGAGCACACCGCACGUCCUCACGGAGUGGGGCUAUGUCGAUGCUAGAGCGGACCUCGUCAACCUCAUGCUCGACCGCAAAAAGGUCAUGGCUGAUGAGAGUGUGCCGCUGCCGGAGCGCUGGGAAGCCGCCGAGGAGCUCAUCGCGCGCUAUCUCAUCACUCUUCCCGCGCACUUCCGUACCACACAUUCCCGUGGUCCAGGAAUGCCAAACUGGGUACACAUGCAGGCUUGUGUGCUUGAGAUUGCGGCACACGACCUUAGCACACAGCUGUACCAUCCAUACUUCUCCUCGCGCGACCCCACCAUCGUCUCCCUCGCUCUCCUGAAGGCCGUCAAGGCGGGUCACCGCCUCGUCGACUCCACGCGCGCACUCAUGACCUUCAUCCUGUUCGACUAUGUUGACGCGCCGUCUGCUGGGCUGUGGACGUACACAAUGCGCGCAUUUACAGCCGGCCUGCUUAUGGCGUACUACAUCAUGGUUGUGCCCACCUGUCCUGAAGGCCCAAGCCACAUCGCCGCCCUCGACGCUAUGGUCGGCGUCCUGCGCUCCAGUGCGUCCAUGGGUGGAUCUACCACGUCGAAUCUCGAAGCUCUGAAGACGCUCGAAAUGCUGCGCGCCAAAAUCAAGGGCACAGCAGCGGACGACGACGUCGUGGGCGUUACAGAUCCAUACACGGGCGCAUCAGUUGCGCUACCCUUCAGCAUUCCUAUCCAGAACGUGCUGCCGGGCGACUGGCUCGAGUGGGACGCACUGUUCAGGGAUCUGUUUGAGAGCGCCCCGGACGCGAACAACCAAGUGGAAUCGAUGGUCGUGCAGUGCUUCGAGGAGCUGGGGUAA